AUGGCGGCCUCCUUAACCCGCGUUCGAAUACCUCAAUUUUUUGUUAACUUUACAAAUUGUAAAGCACUUAAGGAACGAAAACAAUGUUUGUUCAAUCUAAUAAAAAGUUGUGGCGACAAAGUAUCGCACUACGAACGAAAAUUAGUUGGUUAUAGUCAGGAGCAGAUGUAUCAGGUUGUUAGUGAUACUAGUCGUUAUCCAGAGUUUUUGCCAUGGUGCCACCAAUCCAAAGCCGUAGGUCGUCGGGGCCUUAUAGAGCACGUACAGCUCACUGUCGGAUUCACCCCAUUUGAGGAAACCUACUUGUCAGAGGUAACCCGGCAACAGCCAAAUCGAAUUCGGACCUACUCAGCGGAAGGCACAUUCUUCCGGGACCUCGAGUCGCGUUGGAUGUUUGUGGCUCACGACGAACAAUCAUGUAUACUCGACUUUGAGGUUAGCUUUGUCGUAAAGUCACCGCUGCAAACUCCCUUAGCCAAUGCGUUCCUUAAGACUACUGCAUCGCAGAUGAGUCGAGCUUUCAUAGAUCGGGCGCAUGUAUUAUACGGAAAACCGUCUCGCGAGGAAAAGGAAUUGAAUGAUUCGAAGAGCUAACAGAACUAUCAGUGUAUCGAUUGAACUCGCUCCUCAUUUGACUACGUUUGUCCUAAAAUAUCCUAAAUAUACAUAUAUUAAUAUAACUGCUUUUCAAGUCUGAAAGUAGCGUUAAAAGCCAGUUCGGCCAGGGAUGUCUAGCAUCUAGUUCAUUGCAAGUUGCUACAGCUUUAGAUAAAAUUACGUCAGCCAUGGAGCGAGUUAAUGUAUAAACAUGUUUAAUAGACUCUGCUGAGAUCAACAGGUAACCAGUUUUUUGGAGAAGGGAAGAAGUUUUGUAGAUAGUGAGUUUUAUAAUACCGAAGUGAAAUUGUUCAUGAAUCGUCUAACUGUA